CGUUGAGCGCGCGCCUCACAAUUCAACAGCUCCACAUAGCGACUUGCAAACAUUGAGUAAGAACAAUAUGACCGAAAAUUGUAGGAAGGUGAACAAAUUUGGCUAGCUGCUAUUAUUCAUGAAUUAGCUAGUUUAGCGACAGGAUGUAACACGCAGUUUAUUUCACUUAGAUAUAUAAUUUCGAUUAAUUGAAAGUAUACACGGAAAGCCUGAAUUGGAAUCUACCUACUAAGACCUAACUCCCCUGGAUGAAUCACUGACAAUCUUCCACAUUGAUAUUCAGAAACGUCAUCUAGUAACUCCUUACUUAUAGAAUACUUAAGUAUAUAGAUCAAUUGCACAACUUUUGAGGAAAUGCCAACUCACCUGUUGCCAUAUGUGGAAAGUCCAGAUGGACUUGGACAAGACGUUCUAAAUAUUAGUAGUUGUGCUAGCAUGCCAGGGUCUGGCUCCAGCAUGACUCCUCACAGUGCCACCAUCACUAACAAAGCCGAGGCUCAGCCCGAGGGAAGCCUGCUGGAAGCCCUGGAGUGUAUGUUUUGUGACCAGACCUUCACACACCAAGAUGACCUGGGCCCACACGUCCUGACCCAGCACCCCACAACACUGUUCGAAACGACAGUUCUGCGUGUGGAGGCAGAGUACUUGAUCCCAGGUGAGAGGGCCCGGACCAAACCCAGGUUGCCAUCUGUGAAGGAGGUGGUAUUUAGCUGCGUUGUGUGUGAUCAGGCCACAGAGGGUGCCAGUGAGCUGGAGAGCCACAUGAGGACACACAAGGACUGUUUCACAUUUCACUGUAACUUUUGUGGCCGGCGGUUCAAAGAACCCUGGUUUCUCAGGAACCAUAUGAGGUUCCAUAAGGCUAAGGCCCAGCAGAACCUGGAUGGUCCAGUUAUUAUCAAUGAAGUCAUCCAAGACCAAGUCCCAGAGCCCGUAAUCACCCCUUAUAAAAUGUGCUUUACCUGUGGCUUCUUUUUUCCCAAUAAACACCAUUUGGUGGAACACAGCAAAGUACAUAGUAAAGAAUUAGAGGCUGAUGAAAACAGAGAGAAGGAUAGACAGGAAGAUCCCCUCAGUCAACAAGGUUUUUUACAGGUACUCAACCUUCGCCCCCUCUCUGAGAAAAGUACUAUACCAGAGAGAUCUUCUAGGUGGAUUGCCCAACUUGACCCUUUCAACACCUACCAGGCCUGGCAACUUGCCACCAAGGGAAAGAUAGCAGUUUGUCCAAGUAUGGCUAAAGAUCUAGGCCUAAUCCAAGACCACAGCUCUAACAACGAGGACUCUGGCUCAGAUAAAGAACUGACAAACAUCUGGUCAGAAGGCCAAGAAGGUGACAACAAGUGUGUUAAAGACAACUUGGGUAGAGAACUGAGAUCCAGACAGACUGCUGGAGAGACCCCAUCACCAGAACCUGAUCAGAAGUCAAGUCGAAAUGACAAGCCGACGCACUGUGAGGACUGUGGGAGGACAUUCAGGACGUACCACCAGCUUGUUCUCCACUCCAGGGUGCACAAGAGGGAGAGGGGUGAGGCGGAGAGCCCCACCACCUUCAUUGAUGGCAAGCUCUCCAGAGCAGGGUCCCCCAAAGAAGAGGGGUCUGAAGAAGGGUCAGAUGACGGAGCACCGGGAGAUGCCUUAUUUUCAGAUAAAAGUGAAGAUGGAUUUGAUCAAAUGAAGGUGAAACAUCUUGUGUCCUCCAGGGAGUGUAGUUACUGUGGCAAGACAUUCCGUUCCAGCUAUUACCUCAACAUUCACCUCAGGACCCAUACAGGUGAAAAACCAUACAAAUGUAUAUACUGUGACUAUGCUGCAGCCCAGAAAACCUCACUGAGAUAUCACUUAGAUAGACGUCACAAGGACAAACCUUACACUGACAUCCCCAAUAAGCCUGUGAUAUCUGUGCCAUCUCCCAGUGAGAAAGAAUUCACCAGAAACAGAGAUGACAAACGGGUCCCCAACCGAUCCAAACUGUGGCCAACUCCCAAUGUCAGGCCUGCAACCAAACCUUGUGCCAUUAUGAAACCAGAGGAUAGAUUUAAUAGCAUCGGUGUCAAGAUUGCCAGCCCACUUGCUCAAGUGAAUGCUGAGUAUGGGAAAUUGAUUUCUACGGCUGCUUACUCUUCUUCUGCACACAUAAAAUGCCCCGUACCUGUUAACCUGAAGAUGGAAGGACAGGAAACAAAACACCCCGUACCUGUUAACCUGAAGAUGGAAGGACAGGAAACAAAACACCCCGUACCUGUUAACCUGAAGAUGGAAGGACAGGAAACAAAACACCCCGUACCGGUUAACCUGAAGAUGGAAGGACAGGAGACAAAACACCCCGUACCUGUUAACCUGAAGAUGGAAGGAAAGGAAAUAAAUGAUGAGGGCUUCAGCGCCCCAUUAAAUUUGUCCUUAAAAGUUUCACUUUCCAUCUCCGCCACCCUAAUACCAAUGAAUGUGUUGAUUUCCAAUGCCUGUUCGUCCUGUGCCUUCAGCACUAUGUACCCAGAGGUCCUGCUCAUGCACAAGAAGCUGCUUCACAAGGAGAAGUCUGACAUAACUAAGAAGAACAGAAGUCUAAAACUGAAGCGUUAUACUGGCUGCCCCCCUGCCCUUGAGGGCAAAGAUGUCACCCUGCUGCCUCUUGUAGAUCGGAGACACCCUCGCCGGACCAAAUCCCCAACCCCUCAGUCUCCUGGAAAACGUACAGGAAAGACUCACCCCUCCAACCCUCAUGGGCCUAAACAGUCUCUCACCAAUGAACCCCGGAAGGCGAUGGGAGCCCUGGGCCUGGACAAUCAGCGGUACAGGAUGAUGAUGAUGAUGCCGCCUACCACCAGCCAGGGCCAAUCCAGGUUUACAGAGCCAGCAGAACAAUCCAACACCAAUGGUAGAAAAUAUAGCAAACCUGUAAUGGAGAGACCGAGGCAGAGCCCAUCGGACAGCAGAGUGGCAAGCGGCUUAAGAAGCGGUCCUGUGAGGAGCGGUAGUGUUGUAAUCUGGCCCUCAGAUGCUGCCAGGCUAUGCCUCUCCAGCCGGUUCGGUAGUCUUCCCCCAAUGGACUUUGGUGGUGAACCUUCCAGUAAGAGGCAGAGAUUCUCUGUGCUCCCCGGAAGGGAAACGGACACUGUUGAUACUGGCUUUAGGAUGGAGGACAGGUACAACAGACUGCUUCCCUCAGGAAGAAAUGUAGCCUCUCCCUCUCACAGGCUGCAAGCCUAUGCCCCAGUCAAAGCGUCCAACCCUCCAGCCUCUGCAAGCAGCAGCAGCAUGGAGACUGACUGGAAUAUGAUCAACAUCCUCCGUUCCUACACCCCCAGUGACCUGGCCUCCCUCUACCAUCCCACUGUGGCUAACCCCAGUCAUGGAGUGCAGACAAACCCAAGAGGGAGUAGGCCAUUACUCUACCCAGCUAGUAUGCUACAGAGGAGAGCCUAUUCCAGACCCAUCAGUAAUGAAUGCAGUGGACCCACUGACGAAAGGGCUUAACUGUUCUAAUGGUAUGCUAUUGUUCUGGUUGACUUCACCGGUCAUGUUGUAAGUAACUUUGUCUUAAGUUCUGUGUUGAGAUAAAUAGAAUACAUUUGAUAGCCUUCCGUAGGUUUGAAAUACACCGAGAAGUUCAUACUACAAUCAUCUUAUGAGAGUUUACCUGGAGGAAAGGCCUGACCCAUAAAUGACCUACCCCCACUGAUCUAUACACAUCCAUCUAAUAUAACAGUUGAGGUAGUUGACAAAUGACUGUUUGAAUAUCAUUGUUAUGGUUGCACUAGAUAAAACAUGUAUAAAUGAGAAGUGUUAAGAGGAAGUUACCUUUUGUUUAUUAAUACGCUGGUCUGUCUAAUAUGAGAUACAGUCAGCAAUCAAAGGACCAUGUUUUUGUCAAAGCACUGAUGUUGGGUAGGGUUUUAUCUGACCUACAGCUUGAGUUCUUAGUUUACAAAACAAAAGCUGUAUGUUGACGUAUCUUGCCUCAAACUCAAUUUAUAGACUGUUGACGCUCAUAGUAGGCAGUUAUUUUUCUGAUGAUAUGAAGCUGCAGUAGCUAUCAUGUCUACAAUUGAGCCAGUGCAUUUUGGAGAGUUGGGAGCAACAUGUCUGCCCAUAAGUAGUAGUUAUUCACUGGAUAAACAUGAUCAGAGCCUGAAGCCAGGGAUUCCUGCUACUGGGUAUUAUGUGAAAUGUACAUAGAAAAGGCUGCUGGUUCUGUUCUGCCUAUGGAUUCCUCACAACCGACUGCUGUAACAGUGGUAAAACAGUCCAGUUUUUGUGCGCACGAAUACUGUUCAGAUGUUUCUUUUUUUAGAUCGACUGUUUUUCCAAACGGUAUUCAGGACUCUGUUCAAGGACUCUGUUCAUGUCAUGCAGGAUCUUAAGAUAGUCUUUUGCCUCAGGUUGGAUUGUGUUAACUUGUCUGCCUGCUUUGUCACAGGCUUUUCUGAAUCUGUGGUCUACUACUUGUUGAUUCUGUAUAUAAGUCAGGGAGAGCAGAGUGAAUGCCUUACUGCAGGAAUUGCUCAACAUUGUACGCUGAAAAAACUGUCACAAAUUAAUGCACAUGGUGUAGGAAGCGUUCUGAUAUUUCCAAGCAAUUUGGGCACACCAGACCUCUGUUAUUUUAUAUUUUUGCUGUUAGAAUUUUUAAGGUGUUAUUUAUUUCUGUACAUUUUUUGUUUGUUCUCUCUGUGUGUGUGUGUGUGUGUGUGUGCAAUGUAAAAAGUGAAAUAUCGCUCAAGAGUUGUAUGACUAUCACCAUGAGUCAAUGACAUUUGGGGCAUAGACGAGUAGUGUUAUAAUAUUUGUUUGUGCUGUUUGAAAAUGUCUACAGGUAUCUUUCCAAGUCUUACUAUAGGCCUACCACCUUCCUGUUUAUGUAACCUUGAAACACCUUUUGAGAAAAAAAAAUCUGUCACUGGAAAUGUACAGUUUCAGACUUCUCCUUUCCUGCUUUCAUAAGCAAAUGGUUAUUAAGUUAUCAUUUCAAUCUAAGUUUGUUUUAUGUAUUCGCCUAGGUAAUUUUUGUGACGGAUACUGGACUUAACCUGGUUAUUUGAAUUUACUCCUAUUUGAGAUGCAAUGCUAUGUCUGCCUAUGCUGCUCUACAGUACUUUAUACAGUGAUUUCACCCAGUGUGGUUUACGUUUGUCUAAUAAAUGAUAGCCAUGUCAA